CCUCUUUCGCUUUCUUUACCAAUCAGAAAUUCCAAACCACUAAUUCUAUCAAGAUCUUUGUUGAAUUCAAUCAAAGCGCUUCCAAGUUUCGAUUUCAAGUCGCGGAUUAAGUUCUUCAAACUAAAUCUACGAAGAUGUCUAUGAUUCCAAGCUUUUUCAAUGGCCGACGGGGCAGUGUCUUCGAUCCAUUUGCCACGUUCGACCUCUCAGAUCCAUUUGAUUUUCACUUCCCUUCUUCAAUUUCAUCUCACUUUCCCGAAAUCGCUCAAGAAACUUCAGCUAUAGUGAACGCUCAUGUAGAUUGGAAGGAGACGCCGGAGGCUCAUGUUCUGAAAGCCGAUCUGCCUGGACUGAAGAAAGAGGAGGUGAAAGUGGAGAUUGAAGACGGAAGAGUGAUUCAGAUUAGCGGCGAAAGGAACGUAGAGAAAGAGGAUAAGAACGAGAAAUGGCAUCGGAUAGAACGAAGCAGUGGAAAGUUUCAGAGGAGAUUUAGAAUGCCGGAGGAUGUGAAACCGGAGAAAAUUAGGGCAUCGAUGGAGAACGGAGUUCUUACUGUGAUGGUUCCGAAGGCGGAUGGGAAGAAAACAGAUGUGAAAUCCGUUGAGAUUUCCGGCUAAACACCGAGUUAUCAUGUGAAAUUUUAACUAAUGAAUCCAUGCAAACUGUCUUUGUGAAAUUUGUACAAAUUACUUUCGAUUAAUAUGAAUAAAAGAAGCCAUAUUGCAUCUUAAAAA